GCGUUACAUCGCGUGCCUAUUCAUAGAUGUUGCGAUUUAGGAACUUCGCAACGUCUGCUUCUAGUUUCCAUUUCCAAACUAUCCCAAUCUAGCUCUAAUGUUGUUGCUGACUGUUACCUAUUGCUUUUCUGAAUAGAUCUCUCCCCACUCACUAAUCUGCAUGCUUCUACAAUACAAAAAUACCUUCUGGCUAGACGCAAAUCACUGCAAUAAGUCUGGCUGAUUGGGUUCGCUUCCAGAGAAAACACAUCAACUUUAUGUCUUCUUUGUCCUAUCGGCUUUUAAAUAUUAAUACUAGGCUUAAAUAUACGACGUAUGUACAUGAAGCAUCAUCAAAACUUAGAAAUCGUGGCUUUUCCCGAAAAUGCAAAUCGCAAGUUCCAAGUGUUCAGGGAAGAGAUCUUCAGUAUGAUGAGCUGUCUCUUAAUGCGGCUAUCCUUAUCAAACAAUCUGAGUAUGCUUUGACCUCAAAGCAUACUCCCCCUAGGUUUCAGGAAAUCAUAAAAUGCUGUAGACAGUUUUGGAUGGCAAAUUUUCCUGAGUGGUCUCAUGUUCUUAAAAUAGAACUAGAAAAGGACACACAUUUUCUGGCUAACCAUGUUUCAGAACCUAGUUUCCCGCAUGGCUUCUCUGCGCAGCUACUGAAAAUAUUUAGUUUCAACAUCAGGCUCGAGGCAUUCUUAGAUUCAAGUAUUGCGUCAGGAGAGGUUUUUAAUUUCCUACGGUUUUGUGAUUCCGCUUACAAAGAAUCACGAACACCUAAAGGAUUUCAACGUGGGUAUGUUAUACAGUCCUCACUGGUGUACGAAAAGCUAGCAAAUCAUUAUGCAAAAAGUGCUAACUGGAGUGGAUACAUUAAAUUACUUGAACGAAUAAAAUGUGAGGGUUUGUUUCCUUCAAAAAAUACUUAUUUUUAUGGAUUCGAAUGUUUGGGUAAACUCAUAAACAGUGAUGGAUUUCCGGUUCCACCAUCUUCACAUCCUCACUCUUUGUCAAAAAAUGGAGCACUUAAUCGCAUGACUCCCAAGUCAGUCAUACCUAUGGGAGAAAUCGGACACCAAAUAAAAAAUCUGAUAAGUGCUACUGAAAAAGAGGGACAUGAUCUAACUCAGGGUUUAUUAGAUUUAUCUCUACAAGAAGGUUCAUUGAAAAAUAUUCUCACUGCUUUGUUGUAUGUCCGACCAAAUAUAAGUCCAAAUCUUAAUUACUUUGUACAUUAUUCAUCCAGCAAUAUUCCAACACCUACCAAACGUAGUAAGGAAAUAUCUCAUCCAGCUCAAAAGCAUUUAGAUAGUGUAAAACACGAACAUAAAAAUCCGUAUGCUGGUGUUUUCACGGGUUCUGAUGACAUCUCAAUGGCAUUUAAAAAUCAGAUGCAUAUAGAACAAAUGACAGAAGUCACUGUUUCACCUGUACUCUCACCAUUUGGUCAACCAGAAACUACCCCUUUAUCAGUAGAACUUAAAAAGAAUUUG